AUGAAUCAUCACCUCCCUGCUAUGCCGCAUGGGCAGUUGCCCAUGCCUCCUUCAAGGCGCCAGCAAGACUUCUCUUACAACGCCGCGCCUCCCCACAUGCGAUCACCACAGUACAUGGGAUAUCCUCCUCACAUGAAUGGCCACAUGCCUCAUCAACCAUACUCAUCUCAGCAAUACCCUUACUGGUACCCACCAUAUGGACAUAUCCAGGGCCCCCCACGUCCAUACCAGGCGCCCUAUGCACCGAUGAUUGUAUCCUCUUAUCCUCACUCGCAGCCUGUCAUGGCGCCCACGCAUAUUCCUCAUUCGAUGCCCAUGCAUCAAAGAACCCCGACUCCACUGCAGCCGAUAAUGUCUCCAUCUGUCAUGCAUUCAUCAAUUCAGCCCAUUCAGCCCGAAGUGCAGGAAUACCCUGCUGUUCUACCGCACUCGGCCCAAAGAUAUGCCAUCGCUUCUCCGGCACCGCGAUGGGAGCCACAGUCAAACUUGCCGCCGAAGCCCACUUUUGCCGCACCAAUUCCUUGGCUUUCCGUUCCUGAGCAGCCCUUCCCGGCCAGAAUCCCGCGCAGACGUCGCAAGGGCCGUGUCAUGCAAUCAUCGGUUGAGCUUCCUACCAAAGAUACGCACAUGGUCAUCAAAGGAGAUGAAAACGAAGAGGUUCAGCCAUCGAGUUCAUCCACCCAAGAAUCUUCGGAACCUCAAACCCCAACAACCACCACAUUCCAACAGUCAGAUGCAGACUCCACGCAACCCACCACCCCUUCGUCAGUUGCAAGAUCACAGGCACAGUCGAAAAGCUCAAAGCCUGCUCCGGUUAUUCCAGUGGUGCCCAAUGUCCCAUCUACCCCACGUCGCCAAGCCAAAGAUGGUAGCGUCGCAUCUGGAACUCCUAAAUCAACUGGACCUGCUACUCCUGCCCCAGUGGUAGAAUCUGAUAAAGCUCCUUCCACUGAAACCAAGACAAUCUCGCCCGUAUCAGCUGUACCCAAGUCUUGGGCUGAUUUGGUCCGUUCGAAGGAGUCAGCUAAAGCAGCAAGCGCCGCCGCCGCCGCUCUGGCUGAGCCACACGGAGUGCCUGUUCAGAAAAACAAAUCCCUCGCAGAUGUCUUGAGCAAAUUGGGAGAAGAUGUCACUCAAUACAGCGACAAGAUCGCUUUCCUUGAACCUCGGGGACUGGUCAACACUGGAAACAUGUGCUACAUGAACUCUGUGUUGCAAAUUCUUGUUUCUUGCACCCCGUUCUACCAGUUUCUUGAUCAUCUUGGCCGCCGUGCUGCACACACCUUCCACAGUGAUCUUCCUUUGAUAGAUGCGAUGAUCAUGUUCAUGAAAGAAUUCCGCGUUAUUGAUGCGGCCACUUCCGAAGACCAACUUCGUCUCAGAUUGAAGCCCAAUGAGCUUGAGCAAUAUGGCGAGUCUUUCGUGCCUGAAUUUGUUUAUGAGAUGGUUCGACAGCUUCCACGAUUCAGGGACAUGCGGCGCGGACAUCAGCAGGACGCUCAAGAGUUCUUAGGCUUCCUUCUCGAGGAAAUGCACGAGGAGUGCGCUCGUGCCGAAUCGCACACUGCAGCGAAGGAAAAUGGCGAUUCUUCCGUCGAUGGCUGGUUGGAAGUUGGCCACAAGCAAAAAGCAGCGGUCACCCAACUGUCUGGCUCUCUUGCCGCUGAGUCGCCGGUCACCAGAAUCUUUGGAGGAAAGCUUCGCUCGGAAUUCAAGGUCCCUGGCAACAAGACUUCUGUCACAUUGGAACCCUACCAACCUUUGCAACUCGACAUUGGGUCACAUGACGUUCACAACAUUCUCGAUGCGCUCAAGGGAAUGACAAAGCCGGAAAGCAUCCAGGGUGAUUUCAACUCGUCGCGCGGACCUAACAUCACCGCGACCAAACAAAUCUUCAUCGAGACCUUGCCCCCUGUCCUCAUUCUUCAUCUCAAACGCUUCCAGUACGACAGUGUCACAGGUGCCACUCAGAAGAUCUGGAAAAAGGUUGGAUAUCCCCUAGACCUGGAGCUUCCACGGGAGGUUUUCCCACCUCACCGGCGUAACGCCAUGGCAUCCCAGGGAGGUCCCCCAAAGUAUCGCCUUAUGGGUGUCAUCUACCACCACGGCAAGAACGCCAGCGGCGGUCACUACACAGUCGAUGUUCGGCGACAGGAAGGUUUAGAAUGGAUCCGUAUGGACGACACUUCUAUACGUCGCGUUCGCAGCGAGGAAGUGGCGGAAGCCGGUGGCGAGGAAGACCCCAAGCUUCUCGCUGCCGCUCUUGAACAGCACAAGCACGGAAAGAUCCCGAACGGCAAUAUCUUCGACCAUAUCGAUCAGGAUGACAUGGAUUUGACUGACAGCGACAAAGGCUGGAGCCAGGUCAAUGGCAAUGGUGCCAACGGACAUGCAAGCAAGAAAUCCGUGAACGCAGUCACUCCACCUCCCGCCGCUCCCUCUGGGGUCCGAACUCCCCUGGGCCGCUAUGGUUCUCGUGACAACAAAGUGGCCUAUCUAUUGUUCUACCAGCGAAUGGAUUGA